GGCUUGUUCAGUGUGUUAACUGCGACAGCAGGACCGUCUUGUCACGCCUGUCUUGCCCCAUCUGUAGCUCUUUUCUUCGUUCAAUCGCCCUUGCUCAGCAGCACAGUAUAGAGCCAGCCCAAUAUGGCUUCUGGAUACGAUCGAGCCCUGUCCGUCUUCAGUCCGGACGGGCAUGUUUUUCAAGUCGAAUAUGCGCUUGAGGCUGUAAAACGAGGCACAUGCGCCGUCGGCGUCAAAGGAGCUGAGAUUGUCGUCUUGGGCUGCGAAAAGCGCUCUGCGAUGAAGCUGCAAGAUACACGCAUCACACCUUCCAAGAUCUGCCUCGUUGACAACCAUGUCGCUCUUGCCUUCGCUGGCCUCAAUGCUGACGCACGCAUUCUCGUCGACAAAGCUCGCGUAGAAGCUCAAUCACAUCGUCUGACGGUUGAAGAUCCAGUCAGCAUUGAGUACAUCACCAAAUAUAUUGCGGGCGUGCAGCAACGGUACACUCAGAGCGGUGGUGUCAGACCAUUCGGUAUUAGUACACUGGUCGUGGGCUUUGAUCCGAAAGACAAUGUUCCCAAGCUCUACCAGACAGAGCCGAGCGGAAUUUACAGCGCGUGGAAAGCCAAUGCCAUCGGUCGUUCCGCGAAGACGGUCCGCGAGUUUCUGGAGCGCAACCAUCAGCCAUCCAUGUCCCGCGAGGACACAAUCAAACUUACUGUCAAGUCCUUACUUGAAGUCGUUCAGACGGGCGCCAAGAACAUCGAAAUUGCUGUUAUGACGCCGGGCAAGCCGCUAGAAAUGCUGGACACGGCGGAGAUUGAGAAGUAUGUCGAGAGCAUCAACACAGAAAAGCAGGAAGAGGCCGAGAAAAAGAGGCCUGGUGGUGGAGCGGCUGGGGGUUCCAGCGGCAGCAGAACAAUACCAAGUCGACCGGCCGAGGGGUCUAGUGGCGACUAGAGAAGAUAAGAGAGAAUAGACUGGGGGAUUUCAGCCAAAUAGCAUGGAAGCGUGGCGUUUCUAAGGGGAUCUUUGGAAGAGUGCCGGAGAUCUUUAUUGGGCAUGUGUAUCAUUACAUACCGGCACAAUGGGAAUGCCAGAGUUCAAGCAGUAUCUUGAUUCAAAUCAAGAUUACACUAUGCUUCCAACAGCGGAACAAUAUUCCAAAAGUUUGGACUACGGUGCGGAAAUAUUGUAAAGGAAUAUCAAUCGUCAGCACGGCGCCCAAUAUAUGCUGUUGAGCCGGUAAGAGGGUUUGACUCGCCACCUAGAAUCAUGGUUCCAAACUCGUUACGACGACAAGCGAAG